AUGACAAUGAUCAUGGAUGGAUUUGGUAACAGAGGAAUGACAGCUGAUGUUGUCACAGCCCUUCGCAUGUCUGGUAAUGUUGCACUUGACUUGGGCAAGACUCGAACCUUGCUUCAAAAAAGGAAAGCUAUAGGAGAAGGUUCUAAGAACGAGGAAGAGGGAGAUGAAGACACCGUGCCAAGAAACACAAAUGAAUCAACUCAGCAUCUCUUUGAGAGUGGCGAGCUCGGACCUGUUUUCGAUGAAGUUCCUCUUUCUUCAUUCGCACCUAUUUCUUCCAUUCCUUUGCCAACCGUAAGUGUUUCUUUGCCAGCAUUGACUACUUCUGUUCUUUCACCAGUUUUAAUUGCUUCUACUUCCAUUCCUAGGUCUACUUCUUCCGUUCUUGUUCCCACUCCUACGACUCCUGUGAAGCAUGACUAUGGGAGUGUCACACUCGAAAUCCCUGCUAAUCAAAGCCUCUUAAGAAAAUCUGGGAGAGCUGAUACUUGGCUCCAACCUCUUAUUGGAGAAAUUGAAAAGAAUAAGAUGCAAAGCCAUAGUUGUUACACUUUGAUGAAUGACAUAGUUCAUUCAACUUUGAAGGCUAAUCUUAUUGGGACUGAAUUGAUGGGGCGAGUUUCUACAUUGGAGAAAAAGGAACGAGAGUCUACAAGGGCUCUAUCUGAGGCUAGGAAAAUAGCUGAGGAUGCAUUAUUUGAGGCAGCAAACUGGAAAAAACAAUUUGAGAGUACCCAAGUGACUGUAGAAGAGUUGCGGGAGAGCAAGGCUCACUUGGAGCAACAAAAUCAUGGCUUAACUUCUGAAUUGGGAAUUGCGAAUGCUUCUUGGGGUCAGCUUAAAGAGGAUAAAGAGCUUCUGGAACGUUCUUUAUCUAGAGCCAAUGAUGAGAUUAAAGAGCUUAAAGCACUCAUGGAGAAGAAAGAAGAAUACGCAAAGGAGUUAGCUCAAAACUUAAGUCAUGCUCAUAAUGAUUUAAGAAUUUCUUCUGAUAGAAUCCGUGCCUUGGAAAGUUCUCAUGCCUCUCUUGAAGCUUCUCUGGAUUCUCAUUUAGCCGAGCACCAAAUAAUGAAAAAUGACCUUGCUAUGUGGGAAAAGGAAUACAAGGCUUUGGAGAAGGAAUAUAAUGCUCUUGAAGAAAAUUUCAACAUAGACGUGAGUUGGGCUUUUCUAAAUUCUCGACGUGAUGCUUUGAUGGAGGCUACACAGGAAAACUUUGACUUGCAAUCUGAGUUGGCCAAAGUCAUAGACACUAUCGAAAAAGGUCAACAACCUGCUGAUACUCCUUCUCCGGCACUUGGAACUAUUGACACCCCUUCUCCAGCACUUGAAGCUCCUGGAACAGAAGAGUGUUUAAACUCCGAAGCAGUUACUGAGGUACUUGAAGUUGACACAGUCCAUGGAAAUUGA